AUGAUUCCUCCCUGUCUAUACAAUCUCUCAAGUAUCGAGACUUUAAGUGUGGGAUGUAAUAGUCUCAGAGGGACUAUCCCAUCUCACAUAGGCAGCACUCUUCCCCACCUCAGUUGGCUCGACAGAGCCUUCAAUCAGUUCACCGGACUUGUCCCUUCUUCAUUAUCUAAUGCUUCUGGGCUGUAUUACAUUCAGCUCCAAAUGAACAAUCUCCGUGGAGAAAUCCCAUGUAACCUUGGAAACUUACAGAACCUGUCAGCAUUGGACCUUAAUGGGAACCAUCUAGCAGCCACGGAGGCCAACGAUUGGAGCUUCCUCACUGCUCUAACCAACUGCAGCAAAUUAAGAAGACUGGAGAUCAACAACAAUAACCAGAUAUCUCGAAGCCUUCCUUCAAAUAUAGGGAACCUGAAAAACCUGAUGGUACUUGGCAUGAAUUCAAACCUUCUCACAGGUAAUAUUCCUGCCUAUCUUGGAAAUCUUAAUGCACUGCAUAGAUUGUAUUUGUAUCACAACAAUUUCCUCGGCCAAAUUCCACCUUCACUCGGAAACAUUAGUCAAUUGAAUUGGCUCGAUCUGCACGGAAACAAAUUGAGUGGAAGCAUUCCAACCCAACUUGGAAACUGCAAGAACCUGCAGUUACUCUAUCUCUUUGACAAUCAGCUUACAGGCACCAUACCCAUGGAGAUUCUUAGCCUGUCUUCUCUAUCCAUAAGCCUAUGGUUAUCACACAAUGCAUUACAAGGGUUCCUACCUUCCGAAAUUGGCAACCUGAUAAAUGUCAAUGUCCUCGAUAUUUCUGAGAAUAGAUUGUAUGGUGAAAUCCCUGAUAGCAUUGGCAAAUGCGUGGCCCUUGCAAACCUCGAUAUGAGUGGUAAUUUUUUUGAAGGAAUCAUCCCGACAUCAUUGGGCAAUCUAAAUGGCCUUCAAUUUCUGGACCUGUCGAGCAACAACCUAUCGGGGCGGAUACCAGGAUAUCUCCAAAUAUUUCACUCGCUCCAAUUUCUGAAUCUCUCUUUCAACAGCUUUGAAGGCGAGGUUCCGCUAGACGGGGUCUUUGCAAAUAUGAGUGCAUUUUCACUUAUUGGAAAUCCAAAGAUCUGCGGUGGCAUUUCUGAACUGCACUUACGACCCUGUUCCUCUGCCCAACCGGGUGGGAAAAAACACAAAGCUGCUAUCUUGGUAGUGAUCAUCACAGUUGCCAGUGGAGUUCUAGGUUUGACUCUGAUUCUUUUCUUCAUUUUACUUUACUGGACCCGAAAAUCAAGAAAGAGACAUCCAUCCAUGGCUACCAUGAGAACAGAACUUAUUAGAGUCUCCUACGCCGAAUUGGUCAAAGCAACUGAUGGGUUUUCUUCAGCAAAUCUGUUUGGUGUUGGGAGUUUUGGUUCCGUAUGUAAAGGGGUCAUGGAGUGGGAUGAUGAAAAGACGGUUGCUAUAAAGAUACUGAACCUUCAGCAGCAGGGGACUUCAAGGAGUUUCAUAGCUGAAUGUGAGGCCUUGAGGAGCAUCCGUCAUCGGAACCUGGUCAAAAUCAUAACUGCAUGCUCUGGUGUUGAUUUUAGAGGUAAUGAUUUCAAAGCAUUGGUUCUUGAAUUUAUGGAGAAUGGAAGCUUGGAACAGGGGCUGCAUCCAAAUGUGAAUGAGCGAAUCCUGAUGAGGAUUUUGAAUUUAGAACAGAGAGUGAGCAUAGCCAUUGAUGUGGCUUCUGCACUGGAUUACCUUCAUCAUCACAGCCCAGUGCCAAUCGUGCAUUGCGAUCUUAAGCCGAGUAAUAUUCUUCUGGAUGUUGACAUGACUGCCCAUGUGAGUGACUUUGGGCUGGCAAAGUUCCUCUCUGAAUCUACUGACUUGAUCUCUUUCACAUGGAACAUAGAGAAAAUGGUGAAGUAA